AUGGUUCUCCUUUCGUCUAAAACGCUCAUUCAGGCGCAUGCCGUGUUUAUGGUUGUCAUCGCCGGGUAUCUCAUUAAAAGCCCAGAAAAGAUCACGGACUCCAACAUCGUGUUUAUGAUGGGAGAAACCUUGAGAGUCGACUUCCCUCCUUCCACAAGUCCCCUGACCUCCCCCUUCGUGUUCUGUGCCAUUUUCAUCUUCACCGAAGCCUUGGUCGACAUCUUCCUUCUAGCCAGCCUGCCCUUCGAUGCAUUGGACGAAGCCACGCCUUAUAUCCGACCCCUCCGCAACCCCAACCUUGCUUCUGAGGAUCUCCGUGCCUUGGAGAAGCUCCCGCAUUAUAUCGCCAAGUCCCUGACGGUCUAUUGGAAUGUGUGGGUCAACGUGGCCAUGGCUCGGGUUGCCGUCUAUGCCAGCAUUGCCGUGUUUAUCUACUCGAGCAAGGGCUCGUUCGUGGCCUCCACUUAUACCUCUGCGGCGACCGCGGCCAGUUUUGAUCGAUUGAAGAACCGUGCGGUCUUUACUUUUGGGUUCCUGGAGAUGAUGGUGUGGUUCUGGAUCUUCGUUACUCUCCGCCAGGAGCGACAAGAGCGAAUGACCAAGCUGCUUGAAGACGCUGCGGAAAGCUAA